AUGACUGGAGCCCUGCACACUGGACUCAUACUCUUCUCCAUUAUGGUGGUAUGUGAGAGUGAGCCAACACAUGCUGGUGCAGACAGAGAGUGGGGCUCACAUGGACAAUCCAGACUGGUCCACCUCGCGUCCCACUCGGCCUUCCAGCUGGUCAAUGACUCGCUGGCCUUUUCCAGGGCAGACAGUUUUUGCAGAGGCCAGUUCAGCUCCCUCGCCACCCUGGACCAGUCAGAGGACCAGGAAGGGGCUUUAGAGCUGCUUCAACAGAGUGGACUUCACUCACCUAUCUGGGUGAGGGACCCCAACAAAGCAGCCUCCAAGCCUGUGGCCCUCUCCAAGCAGUAUGUAAAGUUCUCAGCUCUGAACUUCCCAAAGGAAUCCCGUGAGGGCUUCGCUCGUGUCAACGUCUCCUUCCCCGCCCUAUCGUCUCUCAGCGUGUGCGUUCGAGUUCAGUGGGACAGAGAGUGGAAUGAGGUGUCCACCAUAUUCUCCUAUGCUGCACCUGUCCUUACCAACGAGUUCCAGCUGCGAGGACAAGUGGACAUGAAUGAACGCAUCCUUUUGGCGCUCAUCAUCCAGGGGAAACAUCUGCCGUAUAAGGCGUCCUUCCCCAAUGACGGGGCAUGGCAUCACAUCUGUGUCACAUGGCGCAGCAGCAGUGGCUACUGGGCUGUCUAUGUGGACGGGGACAGGAAGGACACAGGUUCACGCACAGACAUUUCCAGGGACAUCCAUGGAGAUGGAAUAUUCAUUCUGGGUCAGGACCAAGACUCCUUUGGGGGGAAUUUUACAGAGCCAUUUUUUGGAGCUAUCACUGACCUGAAUGUUUGGAAUAUGUCCCUGGAAAUGAGGCAUGUCACUGCCCUCAAUGCGUGUUCACCCAUGACCCAGGAAGAAGUGCUUUUUAGUUGGAAGCUAGACCAGCUGAGCAGCCACCCAGUGGUCAAAGAGGUGCAGGCCCUUCUGUUUUGCCCAGCAGUGCACCAGCAGAUGGAGCUGCAGGGCUGCAGGAUGCUGCAGAGCUGGUCGGAUCAGCUCCCACUGUUCGGCCUGACGGACUGCUCUGAGCCACUGCCAUUCAUCUGCAGGAGCAGCAGAGAGCGUUACCAGAAAAUGAAGCAGAUGAGUGAUUCUCAGAGCUCUCAGCCUACUACCUUUAUGAACCAUCUGAUGAAGAUUUCCAACAAAACCCAGCCAGUGCUGGGGCAGCAAACAUCAGGGCUGAGCAGCCUGGCCCAGGCGUCCACCCUGCUGGACAUCUCUGUGCAGGCCCUGGAGGACACCCAGCAGGAGGGACUGCAGCCAACAGACAUGGUGUCCCUCAUCCAGUUGCUUUCUGUGGCUGCUGACAUCCCCACGCAACCUCUCACUGAUUCCGCCAACGACAGCCGUGACAGCAUCCAGGAGCUCAGCCAGCACUUCAUCAGCGUGGCCGACAGCAUCAUCAGCGAAGACAACGCCCUCAAGUGGCAGGCCAUCAGAGAGGUGGUGAAUGGCCCCAUGGAUGUGGUCAAGAGUAUUGACCGGAUGGUGACCAGCCUGAGCCCUCGCUUGAUGGCAGAGACUGAUCACCUGACCAUUCACAGCCCCAAUAUCAAACUGGAGGUGCAGCAGCAGAUGCUGCAGGAAGGAUUCAGAGGCUCGAGCUUCUGUGGGCCUGAGACAGAAAAACACACCAACCUAGACUGUAUUUCAGUCCCACAUGAGAAGAUACAGGAUCUCCAUAACAACGGCUUCCACAAGCUCACGUUGGUCAACACGUGGUACGGCUCUCUGCGGCCCCUUUUCAGUUCAGAGGAGAACAUCACCAUGGUUCCUACUGUCACGGACGGCAGCCAGCGGUAUUUGGGCACUGUCCUGGGCUCUUCUGUCAUUUCCACCACAGCGCUGGGAGAUGAUCAGCCAGUUAGUACAGCAGUUCGCUUCCAGCUCCAGCACCGAGUACAGAAUCCCAUUGGUACCGUGUAUGAUCCAGUGUGUGCCUUCUGGGACUUUGAUCUCACUCCAGAGGCGGGUGGUUGGUGGAAUACCAAAGGCUGUGAGGUAGUGUCCAAAGAAUAUGGAUACACUGUGUGUCAUUGCAACCACACCACCAAUUUUGCAUUGCUGCUGCAAGUUUAUGAAGCCCAGAGGAGCCCAGAGAACGAAAACGCUCUGCAGGUGCUGACGUUCAUUGGCUGUGGAGUGUCUCUGUGUGGCCUCCUCUUCACCUUCAUCCUCUUCAUCGCUGUGGGUGUCCCUAAAUCUGACCGAACCACUGUCCAUAAGAACCUGAUUGUUUCUCUGGGAAUCGCUGAGCUGCUGUUGAUGUGCAGUGACUGGGCGUCUGCCAGCGAGGUGGCGUGCUUCAUGGUGACUGCACUUCUCCACCUCUUCUUCAUGGCCUCCUUCUCAUGGAUGCUGGUGGAGGGCCUGCUGCUCUGGAGCAAAGUCGUAUCCGUCAACAUCAGUGAGGGCCGCAGGAUGAAGCUCUAUUACAUCAUUGGCUGGGGACUACCUGUUCUGAUAGUUGGUGUAACAUUGGCGGUAUCAGUGGACGGGUACAAGGCAGAUAAUCACUGCUGGCUCAAUGUGAAGACUGACACGAUCUGGGCCUUUGUGGGACCUGUUAUUUUUGUCUUGGCGGUCAAUGCAGUUGUGCUGUGUCGGGUUGUCAUGGUGACCGUUUCCAGCGCUCGUCGUCGUGCUAAGAUGCUCAGUCCAAGCUCGGCAUCAAAGAUGCAGACCUUUGACCUCACCUGGGCUGUGACCCGUCCAGUUCUCAUCCUGCUGCCGGUGCUGGGUCUGACCUGGCUGUGUGGAGUUCUGGUCCAUCUGUCUGUUGUAGUUGCCUAUGUCUUCAUUGCUCUCAAUGCUUUCCAGGGCCUGUAUAUCUUCUUAGUGUAUGCUGUUUACAACAGUGAGGUGAGGAAUGCCAUAAAGAGGAUCAAAGAAAAGAGAAAAGCCUUAUCUUUCACGAACUGUUCCCAGCCAACCAGCUUCCUGCCUUCCCAAAGGGCCCCAAUUACCUCCUGGUGCCGUAGCCCUCCAACCCCCUCCAGCCCUGAGACCAGUGAGACUUCAGCACCACCCAGCUCCACCUCCACAUCACUGGUCAUCAAGAAUGAGAGUUUCAGAAGGGAGAGCUUUGUGAGUUUCUCUUUAAAACCAGCAUCAGGAAACCAAGUGGUCCAGCUGACUGGGUUCAAACCUUCAGGUACAACACUUGAAUCAUUUGGUGUGAAAGCUCUUCCAGACUAA